AUGCGUCCCUUCCAGCCUCUACUCCUCGCCUUCAGCGUCCUCUUCUCACAGACAUCUCCAGCUUCUGCGUCCUCCGACUACUACGAGCAGCUCAACUUACGGCCUCUCCAUCCCUCCCUCCUCCUCGCCUCCUUCAACUUCCAGAGUAACACGAGCCUGGCCUCCUUCGAGCAGCAGAACUUUAGAUACUUCCCCCGUUCGCUAGGCCAGAUACUACAGCAUGCCAGCACGCGGGAACUGCACCUGCGCUUCAGUCUGGGCCGAUGGGACGCGGAGAGUUGGGGCGCCAGGCCGUGGGGAGGCGCGCGAGAGGGGGGCACCGGCGUGGAAUUGUGGGCGUGGGUGGAGGCCGAGACGGAUGAAGACGCCGACGGACGAUGGCUGACCUUGACGAAUGCGCUGUCUGGCCUCUUUUGCGCCUCGCUGAACUUCAUCGACUCGACCAGGACCAUCCGACCGGUCAUGUCCUUUGAUCCCGUAGGGAACCAUCCGAAUGCCACGGCCGAGAAUCUUCAUUUGCUGCAUGGCACGUUGCCGCGGGAGGUGGUAUGCACCGAGAACCUGACCCCUUUCUUGAAGCUUCUGCCGUGCAAAGGCAAAGCCGGCAUCUCGAGUCUGUUGGACGGCCACAAAUUGUUUGAUGCGAGCUGGCAGAGCAUGUCGAUUGAUGUGCAACCUAUCUGUCCCUCGGGUGGAGGGGAAUGCCAAUUGCAGAUCACACAGACUGUUGAUAUGGUCUUGGAUAUCCAGAGGUCGAAACGACCGAGAGAUAACCCCAUCCCAAGACCCAUACACCAUGAAGAGCUCAAGUGCAACACCUCUAAGCCCUACCAUUCUCACGAUACCUGCUUUCCGCUGGAUACUUCCGCCCAAGAAGACGAUUGGUCCCUCUCCCAGAUCUUCGGGCACUCCCUCAAGGGAGCGUGCCCUUUAGCAACCGAAGGCAUAGACCCGAUCUGUAUCCAUGUCCCCCAAGCCCGCAACGUAUACACCUCCGAUGGUGUUCAAGAACAUCCGCAUCCCUCCGGCUACAGCCGCUGCUUCGGGCUCGCCCCAGAAGGCGACUUCGAAAUGGCUCUCCCCUCCCAAACCAUCUCCGAGAAAUCCCCUCUCGAGCAACCCUUGCUGUACGCAGAACGCUCCUUCAUUGGCUACGGCCAGGAACACGGUGGCGUGCAAGCCAUCCUCACGAACCCAUCUCUGACCUCCUCCGUUGACUUCGUCUACCUGGAGACUCUGCCCUGGUUCAUGAAACUCUACCUCCACACCUUGAAAGCGAAGAUCGACGGUCAGGACCAAUCCGUCAUCCAAGAGAUGUACUACCGGCCAGCCCUCGACCGUAAGCGCGGCACCCAGCUCGAAGUCCGCAUCCUGAUCCCCGCAAACUCGACGGUAGUCCUGACCUACGACUUCGAGAAGGCGAUUCUCCGAUACACCGAGUACCCGCCUGACGCCAACCGCGGCUUCGACAUCGCGCCCGCCAUCAUCACCAUCAGCGAUAAGCAGACCCAGAUCCGGACGACGACCUUGCUCUUGCCGCUCCCGACUCCCGAUUUCAGCAUGCCGUACAACGUCAUUAUCCUGACGAGCACGGUGAUGGCGCUGAGCUUUGGCUUCGUGUUUAAUCUGCUGGUGAGACGCUUUGUGGGCAUUGAAGAGGCGGAGAUGUGGGAUUUGAGGAGCGUGAGGUUGAAGGUCGCGAAAGCUGUUGGGGGGUUACUGAGGAAGAGAGCGAAAAUGGAGAAGGUAGAAUAA